AGACAGUACAGCCCUUUUUGACGCCAUAAUAGGUCUGACAACCCAACAGAAAAAUCAUGAUUUCGAUGAUCAGGCAUACCUGAGUACUAUAAAUAACACAACAAUAUCCAAAAUCAACCAAUUAGGUAAAAAUCAACAUUAUAGCGGUAUCAAAUCCAAACUCAUUCAAAAAAAAGCCAACCAAUCCCGAAACCCAUAAGGACUGGAUAGCGUGGGAGUCAGGAAACACCUAAAAUUAAACUACAAGUGUCCAGCAAAAUGGGUUUCGUCGUGGAUAAAGUGUCCGAGGAUUCAUUUUACGAAAAUUUACUGCUCGGAGUGUCCAAAGUGCUGGACAAAAGUCCUUGCGUGUCGAAAAUGUGUCUCAAACGAUUAUCCGGAGUCAGACAAGUCGAUAUAAGAGCCUGGGAACACAACAACGGAGUCAUCCUACCCGAAGACUUGCGUUCCUUCUACUCAUCAACCAAUGGAUUCUUGUUCACCUACGAAUUUUCCUACGACUAUCAUGCCAGCGAAGCUGACAAAGACUUUAGGGUCGGCGUAAUCCAAAUCAACCCAGUCAACGAUCUCGCCCGUACUUUCGGUUACGAAACCAAAAAUUCCGCUCACGUAGAGUGCAUCAAGAAAAAGUAUUCUUUAAGUUUAUCUAGAGAAAGUAAAGUAUUUGAGUUGGCUAAUGUAGACGAAAACGGCAAAGUGGUCCUAGUCUACCCAACAAACUAUUCAAUACCCACAAUAUGGUUUUACAGCGGCCAAAUGCACUUUGGCUACCUGGCAGAAGAUUUCACCACAUACUUCCGAAUGUGCAUUGCCCACUUAGGAAUACCUUGUUGGCAAUACAUCUUUUCCAAAGAAGGAAUUCCCGAAUGCAGCAAGGAAAUAUUCAAUUUGAUCGCUCCAGGUAUUCUUACAGAAGAGCGCAAUCUUGUGGACAGUCACAGUUAUAAGUACACUAUCGAGCAUACAAACAAAAUCGAUCCGAAUAUAUUCAAUGUGCAACAAAGUUGCACAAAUUUGCCUGAUAGCAAGUUGCAAAAUAAUGGGCGACAACUUGAGAGUAAGAUUAAGGAGAAGAAUAAAGUUAAAAGUGCGCCUAAAAGGAGUAUGAGUGGUAAAAGCAAACGUUGAUUGAUUGAUGUAAUAAUAAAGAGUUUUUA